UUUUCUCUUUUGUUCCUCCCGUAGUUGCCGAGUAAAACGCGCUCUUCGCUAUCCAACACUUUCCCUCCGGAAUAGAAUUCCUAGGGUUCUUUUUCUCUCUUUCUCCCCAAUGAAAAGCUAAGCUCGUCGAUGGAAACGAUCCCUCCACGGCUUUCCUAUACGUCAGCCAAAGCGUCCCCAUGGGCGCCCUAACGGAGAACCGCAAGCGUCGCCUCGCCGUCGAUUUCCGACUCCCCUUUUCCCCCCACCCCGUCUUUGAUCUCGCUGCCGAGCCCUCUCCUCCCUCCAAGAAAGCCAGGUUCCCAUCCCCGCCGGUCGAAACCCGGCCCCUCACUUCCCCGACGCCGGCGGCGGGGGGAACCCCCUCCUCUCCUCUCCGCCGCUUCCCUCCCGCCGCCCCUCUGCCUCGCCCUGUCCACGCCCCUCAGCGCGUCCUCAGGGCCUUCGGCCUCGGGUCGGCCCUUCCUAGCAGAUCGCGGCUUCCGGAAUCGUCUCCGACGCAGGAACGGGACUCCGAGAUGGGGAAUCUCGUGGCGCGGUUCCUUCAGGGAAAGAAAACUGCUAGCUUUACCCCAUGGCGGACGGGGAAGAGGGGGGACGCUUCUGCUCGUCCUCGUGGGAGUCAGGGUUCGGAGGACAAUGAUGGGAGCGAUGAAGUGUUAGGUUUGGAUCAGUACAAGAAGUUAGUAAAUAGCGUGCAAGAGCGCAACUUGGUCGUCUCCGGCCGGAAGUCUGUCGAGCUAGUGUUUGCUCCCACGCCAUCUGGAUUGUCGGAGCUGACGAUUGUGACUCAGAAGCCUGAGCAGACACCCAACUUGCAUUUAGUGAAUCGGAAGGUUGAGGAUGCAAGGAAACUUGUGGUGGAAUCGACGUCAUUGUGGGAGGAGAAAGCUUCGGUUAGUAGGAGUCCUUUGUAUAAGGAAUUGUAUGUGGAAUCUGCUAGAAGACAUGAUUCAAAGUUGAGGAACUUGGAGCUUGAAGUGAAGUUGGCUGAGCAGAAAGUAAGCUCCUUCCGUUUCGCACACCAGGAGCAGGAACCAAAUAUUAAUGAGGAUUUGAAUGAUGCUUUUCUCCCUCUCACUGAUGAAGAAGAGGAGGAUGUUUAUCGUGCUUUGAAUGGUACAAACAGUCGGGAAGUCCUAGUUGUGCACGAGCCUUCUAACAUUGAGAUAACAAGAGAGGUCUUGCGGUGCUUGAGUCACAAAGCUUGGCUAAAUGAUGAAGUCAUAAAUUUGUACCUUGAACUGUUGAAGGAAAGAGAGAAAAGAGAACCCAAGAAGUUUUUGAAAUGCCAUUUCUUCAACACAUUUUUCUUUAAAAAGUUGACAAGUGGAAGCAAUGGUUAUGACUACAAGGCUGUAAGAAGGUGGACAACACAAAAGAAGCUAGGAUACAAGCUUGUUGAGUGUGACAAAAUAUUUGUUCCAAUACACGGAAAAGUACAUUGGUGUCUAGCCAUUAUUGAUGUAAAGAAGAAGAAGUUUCAGUAUCUUGAUUCACUUGGUGGAAUAGAUACAACAGUGUUGCAAGUACUGGCUAGAUACUUCAUGGAUGAAGCGAAGGAUAAGAGUGAAAAUCAGGUUGAUGCACUAUCUUGGGAUCUGGAAGCAGUUCGUGACCUACCUUUACAGAAGAACGGGUGGGAUUGCGGGAUGUUCAUGCUCAAGUAUGCUGAUUUUUAUAGCCGUGAUUUAAGCCUAUGUUUCAACCAGGAAAACAUGCCAUACUUCAGGAUGAGGACUGCCAAGGAGAUUCUCAGAUUGAGAGCAGAAUGAGGGAAAAUAUAUCACACAAACUACAUUUUGGCAUGAGAUGAAGCCUUCCUGAUAAGCUGCAGAGAUCAAGUGAAUAUUGUAUCAAGUGGCAAUACAGCCUAGGAUCUGCUUACAGAAUCAGCUGGUAUAAAGCAGGUUUCUUCUGUAUCUUGCAAAGGAAUGGCUUUGAGAAUGCAAAGGAAAGGUUUUGUUUUCUUCAACAAUUUGAGUUGGUUUUCUUCUUCAUUUUAGAUUGUUGUCAAUGUGUCUCCUUUCUAUCACCUUUCAAACUAUAUCUUAGAGAGAGCUCAGGAAAGCAACUCAAUUCCCACCAAGCGUGCCUGCAAUCAACUAGUUGUUUCCUGUGAUGAACUGUACGGCUUGUCUACUCUGUUGGCUUAAUGGUAUUGAUUCUUAUCUAUCUUUA